AUGGCAGUGUGCUUCAGAGACUAUGACUGCAACGGGAACGUCGACAUUCUACAGGAGUUUGCAAGUGAUGUAGCACACAAAACGUGGUGGAAAAAGGCGCGCAACUGGAAUGGGAUAAGGAUGAAAGCUGAGAAAGGAAACUACACGGAUGGACAUUGGAAGAUUAAGAUCAAGGAUAAGCGACUAGAGACUUGUAAUGAAAAGUUCUGUUACACGGAGAGUAUGCUUUGGCAUUGGGGUGGGUGA